UGGCAUGUAUUUUGUCUUGUUGCUAAGGCAAUGACAUGCCUUGAUUAAAUUAGUCAGAGCCAAGUGUCAACUGUGCUGCUGUGGGGCAGUUCAUUCUCAAACACAAAAAUAAUAAGCAAAGAAACAAGAACAAAAACUUCUCUCAGGUUUCUUGUCCUAGUUUUCUUGUAUUUUUAGAGUUCAAUUCUCUCGAGGAAUUGGGCUUAACGAAAUGUCUUCUGAUCUUUACGUUCUUGAUGCACCUUUCUACCACCUUUCAAGUCCAGAAAUAGUCUCUCCAGAAGGUGACCUUUUCUUCUCUGACCCUUUCUCCCCUUUUCGCGACUCUUCCAUUGAUAUUCUUCAAGAAUUCUCAGAUAACCAAAACAUUCAAUGCCCAGUUGAAAAUUCUAGAUUUGUAGACAGUUUUAGCCCAAGUAUUUUCUCAUCUUCACCUCCAAGUCACCAACUAGAGAACUUGUCACUUUACACAAACCCUUUGCAGGCUUUAGCCAAUAGUGAAAAUCUGGCUGAUGGGUAUGGUAAUUUCCCUGGCUUGGAUGCUUUAGGAGUGAAAACUGAGGAAUGUCAAAUGGGUUUUGAUCCCUCUUACAAUCAACAAUCUUUUAUGCCUCAUAGUUAUAUUGGUGUAGAAAAUGUGGCAAAGAUGAUGCAAAGAAGCUAUAGUAGCAAUUCUUUUGAAGGCAACCCUGGCUUUCUCUUUCAACCUCGCUUUGAUACUCUCUUGGAAUCUCCAAAUUACCAAGGCCAAGCCUUCAGCUUACCUGAAAACAACUUUCUUGCUGGUCAAGUGAGGAAGAUUUGCAGCGCUGGUGAUUUACAAAGUAUUAACAAAACACCGCAUACAACACAGAGGUCCGUUUCAAGUCCUUUAGCUACAGAGAGCUCGUUUAUAGAAGAAUCAAACUUCAAAGUAGGACGUUAUAGUGCUGAAGAAAGGAAGGAGAGAAUCUCAAAGUAUAGAGCCAAACGUAACCAGAGAAACUUCAGCAAGACCAUUAAGUAUGCAUGCCGCAAAACACUAGCGGACAACAGGCCACGUAUACGUGGCAGAUUCGCACGAAACGAAGAAACUGGUGAGACCCCCAAGGUUGCAUGCUCUACGAGGGACGACAACGAGGAAGAGCUAUGGUGUUGUUUUUGUUUGAAAUCUUGUAGCUUGAUGGAUUGCACGAGGAGGAAGACGACGGGGCAAUUAGAGGAUCACCGGGAGGUUUUGCCCAACCUCAGUUUCAGUACUACUAUGGUUACUAGUAUGGGAUUUUGCUUCUGCAGAAACUAGGAUGUUCAACGAGGACCAGAAAACAUGAGGGGAAAAAGUCCCUUUGGAAUAAGUCAUUGUUGAAUUAAUAUAUGUUUGUUAUUGCCUAGGUUAAAGGUUUGUAGUUGGUAGGUAGAUGCAUUUUAAUUAGUUAGCUAGCUUUGGUAGUUAAUUUUUUUUUAAUCCACGUUUGUAACAUCUCUAUCAUUAUGAAUGUAUAUGGUGAUCAAUAAACAAUGACUCUAAUCUUGACUCUUUGCAAGUUCUACAGGACAUUUAAAUA